GUUCUUUGAUUAGGUCCUUGGUAAACUCCACGCAUCUUGUCAUUUCCGCCCAGAUCUCACUAGAACCACGGCCGUCGGGGCCAGGUCCGCCACCGAUCUGCGAUCAAGCCACCGCUUCAGAAUGGCUAGGACCAUGGAGAAUCUCCUCGUCGCCGUGACGUUCCUCUCUCUCAUGGUCGCCUCCGUCGCGGAAAUUAAAAACCUAAAAAUCACAUCCGACGCCCGCCACAUGAUUUUGUUCGAGAAAUUCGGCUUUACCCACACCGGCCAAGUCUCAAUCGCCGUUUCCGGCGUGUCCGUCGAAGCCACCUCCGCCGCCACAGGUACCCCCGCCAACUCCCGCAUCGGAUUUUUCCUCCUCUCCGACGAGUCCCUCCUCCAAGUCGUCCAAGAAUCCACUCAAAACCCUAAUUUCUGCGUCCUUGACUCCCAAUUCACCAUCCACCUCUUCACCUUCCUAGACCUCACCCCCAAUCGGAUCGCCUUCAACCACACCUACCCCGUCAAAAUCCCCAAUGAAUACAGCCUCUACUUCGCCAAUUGUAAUCCCGAAUCUCUGGUCACCAUGUCGGUUCAUACCGAAAUCUAUAACCUUGACAACGGCGUUAAGGACUAUCUCUCCGCCGGCCAAACCCAAUUGCCGGCGCUCUUCUUUCUCUUCUCCCUUGCGUAUUUCGUUUUUCUAGGGUAUUGGAGCUACUACUGUUCCAAGAACAAGAGGUCUGUGCAUCGGAUUCACCUGCUCAUGACCGCGUUGGUGCUCAUGAAGGCGUUGAAUCUGUUAUUCGCAGCAGAGGACAAGCACUAUGUGAAGGUCACCGGAACGCCACACGGUUGGGAUGUAUUGUUCUAUAUAUUCCAAUUUAUUAGGGUUACCCUGUUGUUCACUGUGAUUGUGUUGGUUGGGACUGGGUGGUCGUUUUUGAAGCCCUUCUUACAGGAGAAGGAGAAGAAGGUACUGAUGAUUGUGAUCCCACUUCAGGUAUUGGCUAAUGUAGCAUCUGUGGUGAUUGGUGAAACCGGACCCUUUAUUAAGGAUUGGGUUACUUGGCAACAGGUGUUCUUAUUGGUGGACAUCAUAUGUUGUUGUGCAAUUCUCUUUCCUAUUGUGUGGUCAAUUAGGUCACUGAGGGAAACAUCGAAGACAGAUGGGAAGGCUGCUAGGAAUUUGGCAAAGUUGACCCUUUUUAGGCAGUUUUACGUUGUUGUUAUUGGAUACUUGUACUUUACUAGAAUUGUCGUGUUUGCGCUCAGGACAAUUGCAGCAUACAAGUAUCAGUGGGUGAGUAAUGCAGCUGAGGAGAUUGCUAGUUUGGCUUUCUACUUGGUGAUGUUUUAUAUGUUCAGGCCAGUUGAGAAGAAUGAGUACUUUGUUCUGGAUGAGGAGGAAGAAGAGGUUGCUUUGGCCACCCUUCGUGAUGAAGAGUUUGAUCUUUGAAGUUUCACAUUGUCUGUACACUUCUUUGGCUGCAGGAAUUUUCGGGAGUUUGCCCUUUUGGCUUCUAGGUAAACUGCUUGGAUAGCUUCUCCCAUUUACUUCUUACUCGUAAUAAGGACAAUUGUUUUUGGAAUUUAAUACUUGAAUUGUGGUAAUUUUGAAUUAGUGUAAUAUGUUGCUGCUAUACCAAUUUUAAGUUACAAAGUAGAUUUUGAACUUGUUCUGUUUUUGUAUUUGCUGUACCUGGUUUUGCUGCAACUUAUGAAUUGUACUCUUUAGCAUUACGGGAUACUUUUGUGAUUGAUUCUAAUGUUCUGUAUGAUUCAUUAUUCAUUCUUAUAAAAUGGUUUGUUGUG